AUGAACGUUGUAGAGAGAUAUAGAGUGAAGUAUAAAAUUUUCUUUCCUGCUGGCAAGCGGCUGCUCAACUUCGGAUGUCUGAUGUCUCACGGAAGAAGGCAUAAUAAGAAAUUACUGAUAAGCAGACAACUGGAGAAGAGAAAAGACCUCAUAAGAUUGUUGUUUCGAGCUUGCGGAGAUCGCACAGUUGGUGUACGGUUUUUAAGUAAAGAGCGUCUUGAAGAUAACGAACUCGAAAAUGUAACAACAAAAACCGUGUUUGAGAAAAUCGAAGCAGCUGUUAGGCCGGUCACGUAUCCAGUGCAAACCAAAAAAUUUAAAUGGAAAUCACCAUCUGCCAAAAGUCCAAGGUUACGCAAAGGCUCAAAACGUCACAGAAAGAGUAAGCGCAGUACUGCACGAGCUAGAUCACUGCGGGACUUGUCUGAGAUUCAAAUUGAGGAGGAAAAGCAAGAGAAGUCCUUGGUGUCUCUUUCAGCAUUUACUUUGCAUCAAGACUUUAUUUCUGCCUAUAAGGUUAUGACAUUCAUCAAACAACAUAAUUUGCUCGACAAAACGCUCAGCGACGAAGACACAGGAAAAGUACGCCAGUUUUUCGAAACCGAGCUUAGCCGACCGUCAUAUCGAGUCAUGAGGCUAAUGCAUGAAGCGUUCAAUAAAUGUUGGGAGAGAGUAAUCGACUUAUGUGAGAAAGCUGACUUUACAAAUGAAGUACGAUUGUUUCUAUCUGAAAGAGAAAAAGCAAAAGCGUGUUUCCUCGAUGUGAUGCUUAUCUUCCCCGACUUGAUCCCAGAAUUCUGGGGUGGUCGCCACAUAGUGGAGAUUUCCAUGCCGUUCAAACUUCUUCAAACAAUCAAAGAUCAGAUCUAUGUCGAGGACGACAGAUCACCAGCACAGGAUCUUACGAAGUCAGUGGAACAGUCCCAUCUUUCGCGAACGACCGAAUACACUAAAACCACUGCAGAACCCACGAUAACAGCAGAAGAUGUAAAUGGUGAACAAGUAUUUGCCAAUACAGUUCCGAAUAUGAGUCCUGCUUCGCAAAAAACUAGGGAACAAGGAACGAAGAGUGUUGCGAAAACUCCAAAGCUUCCAGGAGUAAAGCAGACAAAACAUCAUAGCAAAGCAGAAAAAGCUGACAAAGAUGUCACUGCAAGAGAACAAGCAGUUCCAAAAAAGCAAGACCAAGCAUUAAAAGAUACUGCAAAGCCGAAAACACCUAAACCUGAUUCGCAACAGGUACAAAAAGAUAUGAAGAAAGAAAAAAUAACUUUAAAAGUAGAGAGACCAUUAGAAAUGGAUAUGCGAAAGCGUAAAAUAAUCGAACUUAAGCAGAGCGAAAAGAAGUUAGAAAAAACGAUGACAGACGUGAAGCAGAGGGCAAAAGCUGUUGAGGAAAAGAAAAAGCCUGUACCACCGCAGAGCACGCAGGAGGCGAGUUCUGAUGAGGAUGAAGAUGACGCGAAUAAUGGACGAGAAGCAGAGUAA